GUCCGGAGAGGACGGGAGGAAGACCGGAGGACGCAGCGGGGGAUGGGGGAGUGCUGGGGACCAGCCCCGGUACUUACCUCGUCCCUGAAGACCCGGAUCCCGGCGAGGAAGAUGGCGGCGGCGGCGACAGUAAGCCAGAGCAAUGAAUCAGACUGCAUAUAUUUCUGCGUGAUGACAGGCAGAACAGGGAGAAAUUUAUCUGACUUGUGGGAUUUUACACGGAAGCCUCCCGUCGUAAAUUUUACAUUCCCCCGGAAUAAUUCCUCCAUGCUGGAUUUAGAGUCCAUUCUGCCAAACUUGAUAACAUCUGCUGAAAAUACAGAAUUUAUGAAGAAUGUUCCAACAGAACUAUGGACAUCCAGAACCUCUACAAGUUCCUCUGUAGAUGAAGGGUUUCUUGAUAUCCAAGCAGUUACAAGUCAAGGACCUUCUGACCCUGUGCGAACCAGAAAAAAACCUUUGGAGCUAUCUGAAACUUUGGUAGGAAAACAAAGUAACUUAAGUUUUACUACUAAAGAAAUUCCUUUAAAAAUUGGGAAUAUUGCCCCCACCAAGCUCCCACCAUUCAUCCAUGGAGUUGCUUCAAAAGAAAAUAAAAUUUCCCCUACCAAAUCCCUUUCCUUAGUAGACACCAUAGCACAAAAACACCAACCGGUGGAAAAACAAUCUUUGCUUCCACCCAAUACUUUAAAGGAUCACAGCAUCUCAUUUUUGAGUCAAAAAGCUCAAAAUGGGUCUUCACUGAAGGUGCCAGGGUGGACGACAAUUGCUGCCUUAGAAAUGUUGCAAAGACCAUACACAAUAAUGCCUUUAUGGACAGGAGACAGUGUACAACAUGAUAACAUCUCAGUCACGACAAGGAUGACUGUGCCUAGUGGACUACCGGUAUCUCAGACACAAACCGGUCCUUCAAGAAGAGCAUCAUCUGGGGAUGUACCUUCUAUGAAAAUGGACGCUACAGUGGUGUCCACUUGGGCUCAGAUAACUUCUCCUUCAAAUGGUAGAAUCUCUUUGGAAAUGUCACCACCACGGAUGACGAUGGCUGCCUUAGAUUUGGUACAAAGACCAUACACGAUGAUGCCUUUAUGGACAGGAACUGCUCUACAACAUGAUAACAUCUCAGUAACCACAAAGAUGACUGUGCCUCCUGGACUACAGGUAUCUCAGAUACAAACCCAUCCUUUACCAAGAGCAUCAUCUAUGGAUGUGCCUCCUGGAAAUAUGGACGCUAGAUAUACACCGAUGUCCACAUGGGCUCAGAUAACUUCUCUUUCACAUGGGAAAAUCUCUUUGGAAAUGUCACCACUGCGGACAAUGAUGGCUACCCUAGAUUUGGUCCAAAGACCAAACACGAUGAUGACUCUAUUGACAGGAAGCGUUCAACAACAUGAUAACAUCUCAGUCACCACAAAGAUGACUGUGCCUCCUGGACUACAGGCAUCUCAGACACAAACCCGUCCUUCACCAAGAGCAUCAUCAAUGGAUGUGCCUCCUGGCAAUAUGAAUGCUAGACAUACACUGAAGUCCACUUGGGCUCAGAUUACUUCUCCUUCACACGGUAGAAUCUCUUUGGACAUGACACUAAUGCGGGCCGAUCAUGAUUUCAUUGAUCAACAAAACAUUGUCACUGCAAGAAAGCCAGCACAAAUAACCAAUGGGAAGAAACAUCCAAUUCCUCCAGUGACUCUCCCACUGAUGCAAGUUCUUCUUCCACAAACUAAGCCAAGUGUUGAUAGCCCCAGAAUAUCUCUCACUGCUUACACAAGGUCAAGAUGUCGGCAAACAAAACUAGAGGUGACUCCUCCAUCAAUUACAUCCGUGGUUCCUAAAAUAUCCUCUUGCGUCAUGGAACUCUGUAGAUUUUACCAACAAUGUCUCUGUACCAAUCAGGAGCUCUAUUCAAGAUACAAGAAGCACAGGCAAUGUAUACAGUUCUAUUCCUGGUACCUGAAAAAUGCUACUUACAUCUGUGAAAAACUACAAGGAAAACCAAAUAGACACAAGACUACAUAUGCUCAAGAAUCCGGAGGGUCUCCUGUGUUACCAGAGCUGACUGACCUACCUUUGAGAAACAUUAACAACGUUACGUUCGAUGGGGUUUUUAAGAACAUAGAAAGUGUGACAUCAUUCCUUGAUUGCCUGGGAUCCCAUUUUACUUGGUUACAAGUCAUAUUCACCAACUUUCCAGCGUUACUUAAUUUUGUGAGCAAAUUAAAAUGUGUCACUGGACUGUGCCCUAAAGACCUGGAGGACUAUGGCUGCGCCUGUAGAUAUGAGCUGGAGGGGCUGCCCAUAGAUGCAGCUGACAGUUGUUGUUUUCAGCAUCGGAAGUGUUAUGAGGAAGCAUCGGAGAUGGAUUGUAGUUUGGAUCCAUCGAAAAUCAUUGCAGACGUGAGCUGUCUGACCAAGAACUUAACAUGUGAGUCUGGCAGCGAUUGUGAGAAACUCCUCUGUGACUGCGACAAAGCCGCCAUUGAGUGUUUUGUGAACACGCACAUUAACUCUUCGCUGAAAGGACUGGAUAUCACAUUCUGCCCGGCUCCUGUUACAGUCACUCCAGAGACUGUAUUUCAGAAUGGAGACAUCAUCCCAGACUCCAAAUCGCAGCAGAAUAGAAGCGUGGAUACGUUUUACUGGGCCGCGCAGGAAGGAGAACUGAACCCCCAGCAAAGUGACGUGAUGGCCGCACUCCCUUCUACCGAGGAGAUGACCAAUACUUUUCAAACCUCAACAGCUCCUCCCGAUACACCAGCCGUGGAGUCUUCCAUGGGGGGAACAGAUAGACCAGAAGGAACACCGAAAAUGGAAGUUACAGAUCCAAGUAUAGACGCCGCAAUGUCUAUAUCUGAACGUCCUGGUUAUGUUCUGAACAAUUUAAUGCCAGCAGCUCAGGGCACGCCUCAACCUCCUAAUGUAACCCCAACAAAAUCAGGGUUCAAGAUAGUGGAAGAAAGUACAUUAAGGUCACAUCUGGCUGCAGCCACAGAAACGGAAUCAGUGGAACAAGUCUGUGAUCGAUUUCACUUCCAACGUGUAAAGGAAGACGGGAGCGUCAAGAGCGACUUACCGCUACUCGGGGAGAUGCUGUACUGCCUGACAGGCCGCUGCCCGGAGGAUUUUGAAUUAUACGGCUGCUAUUGUGGACAAGAGGGGAUCGGGAACCCUAAGGAUAUACUGGACAGCUGCUGUUUCUCCCACCAGUGCUGUAUAGAGCAUCUGAAGAAAUUGGGCUGCGCCCCAGACAGGAACGUCAGGUCAGAGGUCGUGUGCAUUGACCGCAAGCCCACAUGUGUGGGAUGGAGCAUUUGUGACAAGCUGGUGUGCGCCUGUGACAAAGCGGCAGCGGAAUGCAUGGCGGCAGCACCAUUUAAUGGCACCAUGAGAUCACUGAACAGAAGGCAGUGCCAAGGGGCUCCACUGCUGUGCAGGAACGGAGGUAGCCAGGCUAAACCGGAAAGGGCUAUGGGGACACAGUCUGACAGCUCGGACUCCGAAGACAGCAGCAGCAGCGAGGAGCAAAGUCCUAUGAGGGAAAUAGUGAGAGCGGAGGACUCUGGGUCCCUGGUGCCAAGAGGAGGAAGACGGACACGCUCCAUACAUCUGGGGAACUAGUGCAGGAAACAAAGUAGAUGUUUGUAGAGUGACUAAUAAAGGGGAAUUCCACCAUCAUGCAUCAUCAUAGAGACAAGACAGGAGUUAACAUUGGUGGGGUACAGUAGAUGGGCCAAUUUCUAUUGUGUUUAGAGCACAGAUAUUUCCAAUGAGAUGUUUACCACUCGAUGGCGCUCUGGUCCAGAGGUUCCAAGAGCCAAAACAUAGUUCCAUAGAUUUCGCAGUCUGUUGUCUUGGUCCCAACUGAUAUACGCCCAUUGUUAUCUUCUAACCGGUCACUACGAUGUGGAAUUCCCCUUUCCUCUUCUAAUGGAUAUUACAGGUUCUUUGAACACACGUGAUAUCAACGGUUCCUGCAUGUGCUCUGAACUUAUUCAGCCUUCUUACAGGCACAAGUGUUGGUCCAAAUCAUCCCAAUCGAUGUUCACA